GUGCAUCCGUGUUAUUUCCUCCGGCCCCUUCGGCGCCGGUAACAUGGCAGAGGUCAGUCAGAGACUGAGCACCGGCGCCCACGGGCUGUCCGCGCUGCUGCGGACCCGGGGUCGACCCGUCCUCCCGGUCCGAGCAGCGGCUCGGUCCCCCGGCUGGGAUCCCGCCGGAGCUGGAAGUCCCGGAGGUCCUGGACGAGGUGCCCCCCGUGGAGGUCCGGUAGGAGCCACGGAGUCCACUGAAGGUCUGUGCGAAGAUAAGCCGGGUUCAAAUAUCAAAACAACCGCACACAGGCGCUCAAAGACUCGAAAACGUUACGUAAUUAAAAAUGCUACUGAAAACCGGGCAAGGUGGAGUUGGAUACCGCCGGGUCCCGGUGUAUACCCGUUUGUCGAACUGAUCCAAGACUGGCACGUGCACAAAACAGCGUUACACGGUUCUCCAGGUGUUCAGUCGGGGGUCCGGGUGGGUUUGCUGCCUGGUAGGAUGACCUGCUGGAGCAGUAAAGCAGAUGUCGUGGCCGUUGCUGUCCUUCACGAAACUUUUACCUCAGCCCAGCUCCUCAGAGAGUUCAGCACGCUCAGCACAGGCCUCUCAGCAGGCCACCGUCUCGGACCUCCACCCCGCCCCCUCCCCCUCCUGGAGCGCCGGGCCCCCGCAAGAGGCUACAGCGGCCGCCCAACGAAGGACACGGGGCCCCUUUACCGGAGCAGGACGGCCUACUACGACCUCCUCAAGGUGUCGCCGCACGCCACCCAGUCCCAGAUCAAGACGGCCUACUACCGGCAGUCCUUCCUCCUCCACCCCGACAAGAACCAGGGCGACGAGGAGGCGGGCCGGCGCUUCUCGGAGGUCAGCGAGGCGUACGGCGUGCUGGGGAACCUCGCCCUGCGCCGGAAGUACGACAGCGGCGUCCUGGGCGCGGCCGACCUCAACGGCGCCGCGAGGCCCUCGUCCAGGGAGGCCCCCAGCCGGCGGCCGGGGCCCCAGCCCCCCCAGCCCCCCCACCACCACCACCACCACCACCACCAGCAGCAGCAGUUCUCGCGGGUCGGGGGCCGGCCCAUGUUUGACUUCGACGCGUUCUACCGGGCGCACUACGGCGAGCAGCUGGAGCGCGAGCAGCGGGCGCGGGCGAGGAGGGAGUGGCUGGAGGAGCAGCGGAGGCGGAGCCGGGAGAAGUGGAGGCGGAGUAAGGUGAUGGAGCUCACGGUGGGGUUCCUGCUGGCCGUCGGGGGGCUGAUCCUGGUCAACGCCCGCUGAGGACCCCGGGGUCUGGGGGGAGGAGGGGCGGGGCUUCAGGGAGGAGGGGCGGGGCUUCAGGGAGGAGGGGCGGGAUCUCCAGGGAGGACCGGCGGUUUUGAUUGGUUGCUGAUGUCGCACAACGCCAGAUGAUUAAAGCUAUUUAUUGUUGAGGUACGCCGUGGAAGUGGUUUGUGUCGAGGCGUUUGGACGUUGAAGACGGACGCUGUCGGACGCUGUGACCUCACUGGAGUCGCUGGGAGCGAAACACUGACAUCAACAGGAGGAACUGGUUGACAUCCACCUGCUGAAUACAGACUGUACUGUGUACUGGCUGGUCCUGUUGGUGGUCCUAUUAGUUCACCGUUCUCUCAGGAAGGAAUUUAUUAAACAAAGAAUCCCCAAUGAAAUCGAGUUAAAGUAGGGUUUUUGUAAUGUAAUAUACUAUAAUGAGAUGAGUUUAUUCAAGUUAACGUUAUUUAUUCCACAAACAAGCAUAAAAUACAUGAAAAGAAAGGACUUGCUGUCUCUGUUAAAAAAGAAAAGGUACACAUGAUUAACGUAGUAUGGCAAUUAUUAUGCAAUGCUUGUAUUUCAACAAUUAUUAAACGAGAUCUAACUGUUUAAUAUUGUCAAAUAGCUGAUGGGAGAAAACCGAUUAACUAACGGAAGCAGGUCUAACCAGUUGACAGAGGCACCAGUUUGACACUGGUAUUGUGGUGGGUAAUGGGAAGUAAUUGCUAAAGGAUGAAAUAUAAAAAAUGAAUAAUGUGCUUAAUCUUAACGAUAGUUCCUUUCAGUUCCAACUGGUGGCCUGUAGGGGGCACUGGCAGCCAUUAGAACGAUGAGCUCCCUCUCAGAGGUAUCAUUACGUGGUGGUGUAGCACGGAUAUUGGGUCUGUUCUCUUUCAGUCUACCGACGUAACAGUGGCUAGCUGCAUAACCAGACUGACGCCGCCCUGAACAGUAAUACUGACCUACUGUAUAGUUGAUUGAGUGGUGCCCCUGCAGUUAAUCAGCACAGAUCCAAUGUCCUUAAAGUUGCAUAUGCACAAACACAAACAUAAUAUAUCAGUGGAUCAGAAGACAGACAAAGGCACAUCUGUUGGAUUAAAAAUAAACCAACAAGCCAAAUGCUUAUGAAUCGAGCCCUUUUGGUUUCAGUUUUAUUUUCUCUGUAACACUAAGGUUCUCCACAAGAGAACUUUCUCUCGAGUUUUGUUAAACUCUGGAUUAAAAAUAAACCACCAAGCCAAAUGCUCAGGAAUCGAGCCCU